UGUCGCAUCGUUCCGCAAACACGAGCGCUAUGGACACGUUUGUAGAGGCAUGGAUGGCUGCUAACACGAAAACAGAUCAAGUACAGAGCCAAGCUUUGGCAUUGACACACAAGGCCUCUCCACCUUCGAGGCCGAGCAGCGUGUCCUCGUUACCGAGGAGCCCUCAGUCUCACCAGUCCCAACAGUCUCAGCCGCAGAAUGCUACUCAGCCGCCGUCGGUGCAUCCUCAUCAAUCGCAGACACCCCUAAGCGCGCCCCAGACACCAUUUUCUGCACACAAUCAACACCCCAAGCAAGAAGCAAAUACAAGCCCCAAACAAGAGGGAUUCGAUCUUAGCAAAUCUACCUCCAGCACCGGGAAGAAUCUUCCAGUACACUGUGUGGUCGAAACGAUCCACAACAUUGUAGAGAGUCAUGUAAGCAACUCCCGUGAGAAUUGGCGGAGGCCUCAAGUAGAAACGGACUCGUACGUUAUCAUCCCUGUAGCCAUGCCUUUUCAGGAUUUGGUAGGAGAGGCGUUAAUACGUCUUGGAUAUUCAAGCGACUUGAUACCAAGCGCAAGAGGAAGCAUCGUCAUAAGGAAUUGGAAACCAUUGCCAAUGGAAAAAGUCGCAGAUGGUCCUCUGUUAACAGUCGGCGACAUUUUGGGUGAGCUAACGUCGGUCGCAACAUUAAAGAUCCAAGUAUACAGAUCGAGACCACCGCCGCCCAGUCCAGCAGCCGAAGUUAGAAACAAAUUAUUAAGACUGCUGUUACUGCAUAGCCAUGCGCUUCUCGUCUCAGCCGGUUGUCCUCUAGACGAGAUGACAUUAUUAUCUCUAUGUAGAGGUGGAAACGAUUUAUCAGAAGAGACUAAACGAAAUUUCGAGUCGUGGUUGCAACAGCAACAGUUGGGUUUGGGUCUAAAUCCAAUGGUACCAUCCUCGAACCAUCAUCAUCACCACACGCAGAGCCCUCAGCCGGAUGGAGGCGGUACCAUCGGAACGGCGGGUGGUGCGAUCGGUCCUCCGCAUCCAGCUCUUCUCCAAUACUCGCAUAAAACUAGGAUGAGAACGAGUUUCGAUCCCGAAUUGGAGUUACCGCGGCUUCAGCGAUGGUUCGGUGAGAAUCAACACCCGUCACGUCAACAGAUUCAACACUACGUCUCGGAAUUGAAUGCCCUAGAGUCUCGACGAGGCAGGAAGCCCUUGGACGUAAAUAACGUUGUCUACUGGUUCAAGAAUGCCAGAGCCGCUCAGAAGAGGGCUGAGAACAGAGGUGUCAAUGGUUACAGCCCUCCUGGGCUCAGUCCGAGAGGCGCCAGUAUUGUCAGCGAAGAUUGCACGGAUGAAGAAGAGGAUUCGAGAAACCAGUCAACAUCACCCUCUCCCUGUCCACCCGGCAGCCCAUCGGUCGGUCCACUGUCAUUAACAACCAGAUCCGAGGAUCAACAGGCUCCUCCUUCGACACCGUCGUCGGUGAAGCAAGAGGAUGCCAGGGUAUCCUCUGGUUCCGAAGAUGAAGAGACAAGACCAGCCGGUCCGUUACCGCCUGGAUUUUCUUUAGUUCCCAGUCCAAUGUUCGGCCAUGGAAUAAUGUAUAUGUCACCUUAUCUGCCGCCACGUGGACCAGCUGGUUGUUCCACCAGCAUAAUGGACGAGAGGAGGAAAAGGAACCGGACGUUCAUCGAUCCCGUAACGGAAGUACCGAGACUUGAGGCUUGGUUCACUCACAAUACUCAUCCCAGUCACGCGCUGAUUCUGAAAUAUACGGAAGAGCUGAAUCGGAUGCCGUAUCGACAGAAGUUCCCGCGACUGGAACCGAAAAACGUGCAAUUCUGGUUCAAGAAUCGCCGUGCCAAGUGCAAACGUUUAAAGAUGGCUCUUUUCGAGGGCGAAUCGCCGCAACCACACAACCAAGAUGUCACGAGACAUCGCCAGUUACGUAUCGCAAGAGAGUAA